AGCCCCUGGGGUGGACGGGGGGGCGCACUCCUCAACGGUUCUAUCCCCUCUCUGGUCCCAGUCCCUUCCCCAGAGACCCUGGUGGCUAACACCCUACUCACUCCUUCUCAGAUGCAGGUCACAGGGACCCUUCUAUUCCUCAGAAACCUGUCAGGGCCCCGUUCCCCUCUCCACCCAGGAUCUUGGAUUCUCAUCUCCUAAGAGUAUUGAGUUCCAGCCCUUAACCUCCUUCUCCUUCAAGAUUCCAGACUCCAGGCCCCUCUGCUUCCUCCCUUUCCUAGACACAGGGGUCCCAACCCGCAACCCUUCCUCCUCAGGACCCAGGAGUCCCAGAUUGCAGGUCCCUCCCCUCCCAGGAUCCCAGGGUUGAGACCCUCAGCCCCUGUCUUUCAGACCAGGUGUCUGGGUCCCCAGCUUCCUCCUUCCUCAGAGCAAGGUGUCCGGGUCUGCAGCCCCCUCCUCUACAGCCCCUGGGAUCCGGAAGUUAUGGCCCAAGGCUGCUCCUAUUCCCACCUCCUUCGGGCCCUUUCCCUGCUGAAUUCACUCUCAGGGGCAGCCUCCUGACCUCCACUCUGAGUCAGCCCUCUAUGGGGCCCCUGCCCUGCCCCCUCUCCGUCCAGGUCCCCAUCCCGGCCUUGGCAAUGACCCUGGCGGCUUCCUCCCAGCGUUCCCAAAUCAUUCGCUCCAAGUUCCGAUCUGUCCUCCAGCUUCGGAUCCACAGACGGAAUCAGGAGCAGAAUCCAGUUCAGGAGCCCAUCUCCCAGCAAUCAAAUCUUGCUCCCUGGCCUGCCCUCCCGCACCCUGGAGCCCCGCUUUCCAAACAGCCUUGCUCCUCCCGGCCUGGCUUGCUGCCUGCAGGCCUCUCAGGGUCCUUCACCGUCUCUCCAGUCUCGGAUCCGGACCCGUGGAUCUCAGCCUCAGACCCUCCUCUGGCCCCGGCCUUGCCCUCGGGCACGGCCCCUUUCCUCUUCAGCUCUGGGGUCCUGCUCCCCGAGCCAGAAUAUUGUCCUCCUUGGAGGUCCCCAAAGAAGGAGUCUCCCAAGAUCUCCCAACGCUGGAGGGAGUCCAAGCCCAGGGGGAACUUGACAUACCACCAGUACAUGCCCCCAGAGCCGAGACAGGGAUCCAGGGCAGACCCCCAAGCCGAGGGGUCCGCCCUGGGUCCUCCUGGGCCAUCUCUGUGGGAAGGGACAGACUCGCAGCAGCCACAUCCUAGGAUGAAGCCCUCUCCCCUCACUCCCUGCCCACCAGGAGUCCCUAGCCCCUCGCCCCCCCCACACAAGUUGGAACUUCAGACCCUUAAACUGGAGGAGCUGACGGUCUCAGAGCUCCGGCAGCAGCUGCGCCUGCGGGGCCUCCCAGUGUCGGGGACCAAGUCUAUGCUCCUGGAGCGCAUGCGCGGCGGCGCGCCGCCCCGCGAGCGGCCGAAGCCGCGGCGCGAGGACAGUCCCGCGGGUGCUCCCUGGCCGCGCCUCAAGCCCAAGGCCCUGGCAGCCGCCCGGCGUCAGGGCUCGGUCAAGCCCAGCGCAGCAUCUCACAGGCCACCUCUUCCACGUGCCGCGGAUACCCCGGGGACGGCUCCGGCUCCAACUCCCACUCCGGCUCCUGCUGCAGCUCCAGCCCUGACCCCUUCCUCAGCGCCGGGCUCAGCGGCUCUGACUCUGGAGGAGGAGCUGCAGGAAGCGAUCCGGAGGGCGCAGACGGAGUCUCGCGCUAUUGGCAGGCUGGAGUGCAGUGGCACAAUCUCGGCUCACUGCAACCUCCACCUCCCGGAUUCAAGCAGUUCUCCUGCCUCAGCCUCCCGAGUAGCUGGGACUACAGAGAUGGGGUCUCACUAUGUUACCCAGGCUGGCCUCGAACUCCUGAGCUCAAAGCGAUCCUCCUGCCUCAGCCUCCCAAAGUGCGGGGAUUACAGACGGUGUCUCACUCUGUCGCUCAGGCUGGAGUGCAAUGGCGCGAUCUCGGCUCACUGCAACUUCCACCUCCUGGGUUCAAGCGAUUCUCCUGCGUCAGCCUCCCGAGUAGCUGGGACUACAGGUGCUGGCUCUGCUGUGACCAUGCCCGUGACCUUUGCCCUCCUGCUCCUCCUGGGCCAGGCCACUGCGGACCCAUGCUACGAUCCACAGGGCCGCCCCCAAUUCUGCCUCCCGCCAGUGACACAGCUGGCUGCCGUGGCGGCCUCCUGCCCUCAGGCCUGUGCCCUGUCCCCAGGAAACCACCUUGGCGCCAGGGAAACCUGCAAUGGCAGCCUGACUUUGGCCCUGGGUGGCCCCUUCCUCCUGACAUCUGUCAGCUUGCGCUUCUGCACCCCAGGACCCCCAGCCCUCAUCCUGUCUGCUGCCUGGGCCUCAGGGGGUCCCUGGAGGCUGCUGUGGCACAGACCCGCCUGGCCUGGGGCCUUGGGGGGCCCUGAAAGGGUGACCUUCCACUCCACACCAGGUCCUAAGGCCACUGUGGCGGCCAGCCACCUCCGUGUGGAGUUUGGGGGCCAGGCCGGGCUAGCGGCAGCUGGGCUGAGAGGCCGCUGCCAGUGUCAUGGCCACGCUGCCCGCUGUGCCGCCCGUGCCCGGCCCCCCCGCUGCCACUGCCGCCACCAUACCACUGGCCCGGGGUGCGAGAGCUGCCGCCCGUCCCAUCGAGACUGGCCCUGGCGGCCUGCCACGCCCCGGCACCCCCACCCUUGCCUACCCUGCUCCUGCAACCAGCACGCCCGACGCUGCCGGUUCAACUCUGAGCUGUUCAGACUGUCAGGCGGCCGGAGUGGGGGUGUUUGUGAGCGGUGCCGCCACCACACAGCUGGGCGGCACUGCCACUACUGCCAACCUGGGUUCUGGAGGGACCCUAGUCAGCCUAUCUCCAGCCGCAGGGCCUGCAAAGCCUGCCAGUGCCACCCUAUUGGGGCAACAGGAGGAACCUGCAACCAGACCAGUGGGCAGUGCACCUGCAAGUUAGGGGUCACAGGCCUGACCUGCAACCGCUGUGGCCCUGGCUACCAGCAGAGCCGCUCCCCCAGGAUGCCCUGCCAGCGAAUUCCAGAGGCAACAACCACCCUUGCCACUACUCCUGGUGCUUAUAGCUCUGACCCUCAGUGUCAAAACUACUGCAAUAUGUCGGACACCAGGGUACACAUGAGCCUUCGGAGGUACUGCCAGCAGGACCAUGAGUUUCAUCAUCUCCUUCAGCCUGACAUCUCUGAGGGAUGGAAGACAUAGGGGAACUGAUUGAGUGGAAUGAACUCUUGCCCUGUCCUCCCUAUCUCAGAGACCCUUUCUGCUUCCCUUCAUGGUCCCAGAUAUUUGAGUCUUAGCCCCACUUCCCAUAAAGACUUGUCCCACGGUUCCCUAAUCCCCAGUCCACACCUGCUUCAUGACCUUGGGGUCUAUGACCUCAGGCUAUUCAGCUCUCUUAAGACACUCAGGAGUUCGGCCCAGCCAACAAAUCUAGACCAACGCCAGCUAUUUCUCUCAAUGUAUAGGACCGCAGACUUCUCCAUCAGGAACCUCAUCUGGUCACUAGUGUUCUAGGCCUUCACAGGUGGAAAGAUUUUCCCCACCUUCCACAGGGAUCUCCUGCCCCGCAGACCCAGCUGGCUAGUCAGAGUCCUACCCAGCCUCUCAGAAAGUGCAUUUUUCUGGCCGGGCGCGGUGGCUCAUGCUGAUAAUCCCAGCACUUUGUGGGGGCCGAGGUGGGCGGAUCACUUGAGGUCAGGAGUUCGAGACCAGCCUGGCCAACAUGGUGAAAUUCCAUCUCUACUAAAAAUACAAAAAUUAGCCAGGCGUGGUGGCAGGAUCCUGUAAACCCAGCUGAGGCACAAGAAUCACUUCAACCUGGGAGGCAGAGGCUGCAGUGAGUUGAGAUCACACCACUGCACUCCAGACUGGGCAAUAGAGUAAGAUUCCGUCUCAAAAAAAAAAUUUAUGUUUUUCUGAAUCACUAUCAGUAUGACCUCUGCCCUCACAUUCCAGGAACCAGUCUCUUCCUUCUUCUGGUCCUCCAAAUUUAUCCCAGAGCCCCUCCCCCGGCAAUGUGACCCCUCCUUCCCAAGAAUUCCACCAUUGAUACCUUCUGACUCCACUGCAUUAGAGACCCUGGACCUGCCUCUUCCGCCCUGUCCCCAGCCCCACCUACUAUAGUUUAACUCCUUAUCUCAAAGAUGUUUCCUCCAGCAGGCUCUGCCCCUCACGAUUUAGGGUCAAACUCUCCAAGGUUCAAGGUUUCUCUCCCCACUGCGGGCUAGAGUCUCGGGCUCCUGCCCACUGUGACUGACCCCACGGGACCCAGAGGUACCCUGGAAGCUCCCCACGACCUGGGCUGACAUCUCCCCUCCCCACAGUUCUCCGCGCGCAGGUGCUAGCGUCCGAGGCGGCGGGCCCGGCAUGGCAGCGGCUGGCCGUGCGCGUGCUCGCCGUUUACAAGCAGCGGGCGCAGCCCGUGCGACGCGGCGACCAGGACGCCUGGGUGCCCCGCGCCGACCUGGCCUGCGGCUGCCUGCGCCUGCAGCCAGGCACCGACUACCUGCUGCUGGGCAGCGCCGUGGGCGACCCCGACCCCACGCGCCUCAUCCUCGACCGCCACGGCCUCGCGCUGCCAUGGAGGCCGCGCUGGGCCCGGCCCCUGAAGCGGCUGCAGCAGGAGGACCGCGCCGGAGGCUGCCGCGGCGUGCGGGCACCCACACCCAGCCCCAGGCCGGAGCACUAGAUGUGAGAUGGGGCUGCCUCGAGCACCAACAAAGUAAUUUGGGAGCGACUAGGAGCUGAGCCUUCUACCUCGACGGUGCACUGCAGAGAGCCAAUCAGACGUCGCAGAGCCCCGAGGACACUAUGCAUGCGCCCACGCCGAACAGGCGUGCGGAACUUUUAGCAAAAGGCGGCAAGCGGGACUUCUGGUUCCAACAUUUCCUCCUUUGGCCUGUGGCUUAUUCCCCUCCAGUGAUCUGUUUCCCCCAAUAAAGUCUCAAAUCUUCGGGAA